AUAGGGUUAGUGUGAGCGUGAAUGCUGACGUCGACUGUAUUAAAGUAGCCACCGCAUACAUGCUCGCCAUGGAGGAAGCAGACUUGCAGUAGCCAAGACCUUUCAACCCAUUUAGGCCCAAUCAUGGUCUGGCCCAGGGCACUUUAGUGGCUUCAAUUCCGAUUUUUCACUUCACAUGGGAAAUGUUGGAAGCGUUGGUAGCGGGUCUAGCAAUGUGCUGCCGAUCUCAUCAACCCUGGUCAUAGCAGGGCAUGCCCUCCGAGUCAAGUCUUGCUUAGGCGCCGGUGGGACUGGGACCGUAUACUUGGCCGAGGAUGAAGCGCGGCGAAAAUUUGCGAUCAAAGUCAACCGUGUGCCUAAAGGGGAUGUGGCGAUGAACAAGGCGGCGGAGAUGGAAUUGGAGCAGCAUGCCAGGCUCCCCCCGCAUCCCCACCUUAUCACAUACAUAGGCUCGCGUAUUGAACACGUGUCACCUGCAGGCGGAGAAGGCGGUGCCAAUACCGGCAAAGGAGGCUUCACGCUUUAUUAUCUCUUGACUGAAUACUGCCCCAGCACGGUGCACGUCUUGUUGGAAGGUGCUGAGCGCCGCAAAGAACCCUUGGCCGAGCGGGACGUCCUCAACGUCUUCACUUCCGCCUGCGCCGCCCUUGUCCACCUCCACGCCCAUGGCCUCGCCCACCGGGAUGUCCGGGUGGAGAACUUGGUGUUGUCGACGGAAAGCAAUGGGCAGCGGGUCAAACUCUGCGGUCUGGGGGCCAGUACAAUGGAGACUGGGCCCCUGCGGAACAGCGCCGAGGUGGAGAUCGCGCGAGAGGACAUCGAACGACACACACGCCUGGCCUACCGGAGCCCGGAGCAGGUGGAUUUAUACUCGCAGCAGCCCGUGGGUGUGCCUGUGGACGUGUGGGCGCUAGGAGUGCUGCUCUAUCGGCUCUGUUGGCGGGUCACCCCCUUCGAGGACAAGGCCGGCAUGGUCCUUCCCAUGGCCAUCUUGAACGGAAAGUACGUCGUCCCUCCCUCCCUCCCCAUCCCUGGCACGAAUGGGCAGCAGUCCUUCCCGCCCUAUUCUCCCGGUUUGGUGACCCUGCUCCAGUGUUGCUUGCAGCCCCGUCCCCAAGACCGGGCCACGGCAGCCGAGGUUUUGGAAAAAGUGCGCGAACUCAUGGCGAGUGGAGAAAUCGGCCGCCACGUCGACCUCCCCGCCCUUGGCCCUCUCCUUCCGUGCCCUGCCCCUUUGCCACUGGGUUGCUCCGCGUCGCCGUCGCCGUCGCCGUCCGGGGCUUCGCACCCGCGGAAGGGGGGAAAGAAAGGGAGAGCGAGCGGCACCUGCCCAGGGGAACGGGGGCCGGGAGAAGAGGAUUUCCUGGGGCUGUACGACACGGCCACGCCACCAGACAAGGCUGCCCUGCGGGCGAGUCGACCGCAGGCUCCUCCCCCCACGUCCCUCUCGUCCUUGGAAGACAUGCUCGGGCCCCCGGCCCGGUGGCCACGGACCAGGCCCGGGGUAGGGGGGGGCGGAGAGGAGGCCGGCCGCCUGGCGUCCCGGGACCGGGGAGAGGGAAGCAGGACGUCGACUCUGUCGGGCUCCCUGUCGGCGAGCUCCUCCCCUUCCCACCUGGUUGGGCUCGAGCGACACGGGAGUGUGCCUGGGCGAUGCCGGGAAGGAGGCGAGGCUAGCAACGGGCUGGGGUCCCGAAGCCUGAGCUUCGUGGGCAUGGGCCAGGCGCUGUCGAUCUGGGAGGAGGAUGAACGUUUGCGACGGCGGGGAUGGGAAGAAUGCGACCCGGAGCAGGGUAAGGGAGGUAUGGAGGGGUCGAGGCGUAGGGGGGGAGGGAAGACGAAGGGCGACAUGCGCCCUCGGAGGAGCAGCAGCAGCAUUGGGAGCGGGAGCAGCAGUUUGGGCCUCAAGGCGGCCAGGCAGGUGUGGGGGCUGAGCCGGGGGACGAGCGUGGGCGGAGUGGAGGCGGUGGACCCGAAGGGCCCGGGUGUUGAGGCGAAGGAUGAUGGUAUGGACCUGGCAGAGCUGGCGACAGUGGACCGAAGCGCCGCCCCCCUCCCACGCAUGCUGCCCUUGGGCGCCCUGGUGGGCGAGGGCUCGGGCGCGAUGCCUCGUUCCUCCUCCGCGUCCUCCUUGAAGAGCUUGGACGACGAGCCGAGCGGCCGCCCGCCCGCCAAGGGGGCCCUCUCGGCGCUCUGGCACCGGCGGAUGCGGU